GGGGCGCUGUUUCACAACUUUAAACUUCAUCAGUAAAUCCAUAUCGGUCCUAAAACGCAGGAAUAUUUAUUGACAUGAAACUAAAACAAAUCGUAUUUUCCAAAGUAUUUUAUUAUACACACAUAAAACCCCUUUUCAUAUUUUUAUAUUUUAAAAUAUCUGCUAUGGGGGUUUUAGAUGUCGAGAUAAAGUCAUAUUUUUUUUGUUUAGUUUUUUUUUUUUUUUUUUUGGAGAGCCAGUUAGUGAUCUGGUUAGCUGGUCGUAACCAGUUUACGAGUUCACACGUUCAUUCACUCAAACCAGUUAAAAAGUUGAGCUCAUCUGCUUUCCACGACUAAAACCUACCGCCUGUAAACGCUUUCAUCCAAAGGGGAUGCUCGGUCUUUUCCACACCCACAUUUCUGUAAACAGGAAUAGCUGACCUUGAAAAUAGCGCAUUAUCACCCGAAAGCGUGUCUUUUGUCAUCUGUAGCAAAUUUAAAGUGUAUUUUCUCUUGUUGAUGCUAAUUAAAUCAACCCGGGCCACCGCACAGCGCACAAUGAACACGUUUCAUGCACUUUACGCAUUCUAUAUAUUAUUUCUAAAAUGCAUCUGGCGUGUAAAUUCGCAUUUGAGCUACUUUUAACUCUCGGUAAUAGCGAUCCCUGUUGAUGAACGCUUCUUAUAACGCGCGCUUUCCUCAUGCGCACCGAACCGUCGCGUGGGUCCCGGCACAAACCCCUCAAGUUUUAUAAUCCCGGAGUCGCUGGCUCGUCCCACGUGGUUCCCCGGUCCCGUAUAAAAACUUUCCAGAGGCUCAAAAGCGGCAUAAUGUCCGUUCGCACGAGAAACGAGCCGAACGCGCGCGCACGCACGCACACACGCACGCACGCACGCACUCGCCGAGAGCUAUGAUGAAGAAGUACAUGGGAAGCGUACACUGGAAGUCAAAAUGCCCAACAAAGGAGGACGCGGUUGUCGUCUGAAGAACUGAAAAAGGUCGUUUGGAAAUACCCCGCGCGCUCCCGAUCACCAUGGAUGAUUUUAACUCGGCAGAGUGAAGAAAUCGCCGGGACAAAUCAUAACAGGUCCUUUGUUUAGUCUGUGGGGUUUUACACGCGCAACACCGAGAUUUCCAGUCAUGCCAUGACGCAUCAGACGCGUGCGUAAAAGUGCCAUUCGCCGCCGAGCGUGGACAGACAUCGAGAGCCCUGCUUACUUUAUUAUUUGCAAACCUCGCGUUUAGCAACUCCGAGAGAUUCUGAUGGUGCGCGGAGCCGUGAUACCGAUCCGAGUUGUGUUGAAAUCGCGGCGGGGUGACCAAAGACAAGAAUCGGCCGCGGGGACGUGUUCCGGGAUUUACCGCGUUUGCGUUUAAUUCGGAACCCGGAGAGUGGAUUUAACGCCCUCAAGUCUCACUUUCCCUGUUUUUAUUCGGGAGGAAAAAGCAGGCGGACACGAACUUGGCCGCUUUCGUCUCCAUCGACCCCGCUCACCAUCACGGAAGAUGAAAAGCUUGAUAUUCGAAGUGCUUUGUUUUGCGUCCGUCCUCGUCUCCAUCCGCUGCACCCCGGCGCCGGGCACCGAAACCCCGAGCGUCAGCCCGAGCUGCGCGUCCUGCGGGCUCGGCCAGGCGGACGGAGGCGCCCUGGUGGACGUGGAUCUGUUGGAGGCGGUGAAGAGACACAUCCUGAGCCGCUUGCAGAUGCGGGACAGACCCAACAUCACCCACCCCAUCCCGAAGGCGGCGAUGGUGACCGCGCUCAAGAAGCUCCACGCCGGCAAGGUGCGCGAGGACGGGAGGGUGGAGAUCCCCAACCUGGACGGGCACGCCGCGUCCGUGAACGAGGUGGAGGAGGAGACCUCGGAGAUCAUCAGCUUCGCCGAGACAGACGAAUCGCUGACCUCCAAAACCAGCCUGUUUUUCGUGAUCUCCAACGAGGGCAACCAGAACCUGUACGUGUCCCAGGCCAGCCUGUGGCUGUACUUCAAGCUUCUGCCUAACGUCCUGGAGAAAGGCUCGAGGAGGAAGGUCACGGUGAAGGUGUACUCGCAGGAACCGGGGCUCGGGAGCAAGUGGAACUUGGUGGAGAAGCGCGUGGACCUCAAGCGCAGCGGGUGGCACACGUUUCCGCUGACGGACGCCGUGCAGAUGGUUUUCGCCAAAGGAGAUCGCCGGCAGAACCUGGACGUGCGGUGCGAGGCGUGCGAGAAGAUGGGCGUCGUGCCUAUUUUGGUGAACACGGCCGACGAAUCCCACCGCCCGUUCCUCGUGGUCCAAGCGCGGGCGGCCGACAACAAGCACCGCAUCCGCAAGCGAGGCCUCGAAUGCGACGGCAGCAGCAGUUUGUGUUGCCGCCAACAGUUUUACAUCGACUUCCGCCUCAUCGGCUGGAACGACUGGAUCAUCGCCCCGUCGGGCUACUUUGGGAAUUAUUGCGAAGGGAACUGCCCGGCGUACAUGGCCGGGGUUCCCGGAUCGGCUUCGUCUUUCCACACGGCCGUCGUGAACCAAUACCGCAUGCGAGGAAUGAGUCCGGGAUCCAUGAACUCCUGCUGCAUCCCGACCAAACUCAGCACCAUGUCCAUGCUGUACUUCGACGACGAAUACAACAUCGUGAAACGGGACGUGCCCAACAUGAUCGUCGAGGAGUGCGGCUGCGCUUGAGAUAGUAAGAAACUAAUAUUUAUGACUCAUCCGUGCUCACAGGCCCACACGCACACCCCAACUCUUCCACGCAUCUUUGUACAUAUAUUUAUGUUCUUUAAUCAUCGCGCGAUUUAGUUCCAGGUUUGUACGAUACUGUCACUUCAAAGGGAUGGGAUUGCUUUUAUCUCUGUUUACGCUCUUAAAAACAAAGGUACGGUCAUGCAUUAGACAAAAUGUUCUUUAGAUGACUAUAAUGUUCUUUUAAAGGGACAGUUCUUGCUGUUAAUGCACUCAACCUCGGGCCAUCCAAGAUGCAAGUGGCUUUAUUCUUCAGCGGAGCAGCGUUUUUAGCAGAAACCGUGGUCUUUGGUCAUAAGACGCGAAUCACUUUGAGAAUGAAAAAAGCAUGUACAAGCAAAGCAACAUUAAUACCCGUAUAUUGAGGUGUUAUGAAGUGAAAUGAUCAGUCUGUGCAAGAAACUUGUAAUCCAGAACCUCAGGGAAAACUGGGAAAUCCGAUUCUUCAUAAACUGGUUCGUUUCAAUGAAAUGAUUCAGUUCACUAGUUCAGUUACGCAGUGAUGCAAUGACGUCACAUAUACGACAUGAUAUUAUCAAAGCACCCGAUAAUGAUGUGAGCUUUGCAUGUCUAAAGCGUAUAAAGUGAAUAAACUAGUUUUCACCAGCUCAACUUUUGACAUGAGCAAUGAGAAAUCACAUACCCUUCAUUCAAGUGUUUGAUUCAUGCAUAUACAUGCCUGCGACCCAUCAGUCUUUGAGUCUUUGAGUCUGAGUCGAACUGUUUUUUCAGUUCAGUGAGCUCCGAAUCAGUUCAUUCAUGACAGGAUCAGAUAAAGCACUAUUUCAGCUCGUUUUGAGUCGGACUGACCGUCCGGCAUCUGAAAGUGAGCUUUGGUUGAACUUUAGCUAGUUCAACCCGGGGAACUGAUUCACUGAAAUGAACCUCUUCAAAAGAAUCGUGCAUUUUUGAACUUGACAUUGCUUUGGAACGUUUGCCCGAGAAAGUAAUAAUGUAGUAAAUAAUGUUCAGUUUCUUGCACAGACUGAUUGUUUUGAUUCAUAAGACCACGGGUAUUAGUUUUGCUUUGCUUGAUAUGCCUUUUUUAUUCUCUAAAAUGGGCAGCCAUCUGCAUUGCGUGAAUCAUGCAUCAAGGACCGUGGUUUCAGCUAAACAUUUUAAGAGCAAAAGCCACCUACAUCUAGGAUGGCCAGAAGGUGAGUGAAUUAACAUCACGUUUUUAUUUUUGGGUGAGCUAUCCCUUUAAGAACUGGUGACUGAAAGAUUUUAGGGCAACCAAAAACGGUUCUCUAAGAAACCUUUAUUUUUAAGAGUGCAGUUCGGUUCUUCUCUUUAAAAAUGGAAAGAGGAGGGGUGAUCUUCUCAAAAGACUUUUAUAUCCGUAUACCUUCCCGAAAAGCACUGACCAUCUUCUCAAAGCAACGCCAGCACUUCCCACAUUGAGUCCAUCGAGUGACAACCAAUCCAUUCGUCUUCAACGGACAUCUGCAAAGAGCUACAACAAUCCUCGUUCCUCGAGAGACACGAGACCCGCUCAUAAAUCACGAGGCGUGUUUUGUGUUUGUUCAUGAAGACACGCUUCAAGCGAAAUCCAGUGGUCUCACGAAUUGCCAAACUCUCCAGUUACGUCAUGGUGCAGCAUAGCACUUGCAAAAAAUAUUGAAAAUGCACAAUACAAAGCACUUGCAGACUUAAAAAUGCCUUUGAAGGUACCAAGUGGCGCGCCUCGUUCACGAUUCCUCUGAAAUAAGUGCCGCACAAGCUAUGCAAUGUAUAGUAGUGACCUACACCGGAUGACCCGCUUGUUAAGAACUGUUUUCAAUACUUGAAAUGUAAACUUUCGCUUCCUACUCUGAGCGGAUGGUUGUUACAAUGUUUGCACUGAAGCUGCAUUAUUAGUAAAGAACAAACCUGCCAUUGAAAAAAAAAAAAAAAAAAGUUAUUUUUAUAGAAGCUGAAGCUGAAUUCUGUUCAAAUGUAUUAUACCGAAUUAUGGAACCAAAGAGGCCAAGAUUUUAGCUAUUGUGAGAUGGCAAGGCCAUCGGAUUCUUUUGUAAAAUACUUUUUAAAUGCGCAAGAGGCCUAAACAAUGUAUCAGGGUACAACAGAAUGGAUUCCAUUUUCAAGUUGUUGUUUUGUACAGUAGAUAAACGGAAUAUUUCAUAUUUUUCCAUCAACUUUGUUUUGGUUUUUUUUUCAGUUUUCUAUUUAAUAAUUCUGUAGCGUCUAUUACGGAAUCAUUUAGAGUCAAAUACAUGCCAUCUCUGUACAGCUUAUGUAAGAUAAAAAUGCUUUUAAAUAUUUUGUUCUUUGUAACUGUUAUGAAAUAAAUUUCUUAUACUGCA